UCGACCAACACUCACCAAAUCGCCAGCCGUCCGAUUUUUCGUGAAUUCGUUCCACUCAAUAUUCUGCGGAUUGGAAAUCGACGGACUCCUCCGGAACUCGACAGACUGGUCCUAACUACGCAGAGAUCGCGUAUCCGAACAAUUCUUCGGCAUAAGACUCCAUUGAGGUUCCAGGGUGCUGCCUUGGACGCUGACAGCCGACAUGGCGAAGACGAAACCGAUGAACAAAAAGUGCCCCCAGUGCGAAACAGAGGUAGCGACCGCAACCAAGCUCUGCGGCUGUGGCUACAAUUUCUUCGAUAAAAGGAAGUCGAAUCGACCUUCAGUGUCCUCGGAAGACGCGAACUCCAAUAAUCCAACGAAUGAGCACUCAGGUCACGAAGGUAGACGACGAGGGGUGAGAGUCCGGAAAGAAACACAAACCUACGGGACGACUGUCCCCAGUGCAUCUCUAGAUGCAAAGAUUCGCUCGCCGAAAGCGGUAGUCAAUACUGCCAAGAAACGCCGGACCAAAGACUCCCCCGUUGUGAACGACGAGGACACGAAUUCGGAAGAGGGUGCCAAGCGGAAACGAGGUCGGAAAAAUCGUGAGGAACGUUUUUUGGAGCAGGAAGAGAAGCUGAUGUCGAAAAUUUCGACGAAAAGAGCUUCGAGGUACGCCCUAAUUCUGAAUAAUAUCAAUCGCACAAUGCGGCAACAAAACUUCCACUUGGAGCAAACCCCGUCUUCCAAAGACACCCCUGCUGAUGACGGGGACGAAGAGACCUGAAGUCUACCGCUUCAGAUCAGCUCGGGAGUCUGCCUUAGAUGAGCUCAUUCGUUGCCUACCCAAGGCCCUAGAAUACUGCGGGUCGGAAUCUCAUCCGGACAGCCUUGCCUCCCGCAAAGCUCCAAUGUAAAAUCACAUCUCAUGAGUGCAUGUUCUCGAAUCUGUACAGAGCGUGAAAGAACUUUUUGACUGAUAGGUACGUCUUCCGCAUAUUCGAUUCCACAAUCCACAUGUACAUGAGCAGCAUCAUCGAAGCCCGGAGCGGACUCGGGAGCGAUCGUCAAGUCCCGCGACCUGAAAUCUGCAGGGUUUCUGAGUCCCAUGGUCAUCGUGCACUUUCCAAGCCCAUUCAACGAUACCCCACAGUUGGGUCCCGUUCGGCUCGCAUAGCAAACGUUCGCUAUGCCGAGAAAUUCGAGAACCUGCGUCUUCCAGAAUCUACAACGAGCCAAUGUCCGCUCAUCGAUGGGCUCGAACGAUAGCUGCGUCUUUCAUUUGAAGAACACUCGCUCAGACGAGUGGCCUGCAGAUAUCCCAAGAUGGUUCAAGGGAACGUCGGAGAGAGGGAAGCGGAAAGCGAAUUACGAUCCUCGUCUCAGGCUCGAAUCCUCGAUAGACUCCUGCGGGGAGUGGCGGAUGCAAGAAAAAAUCGAGAGGACUGAACGAAUAUUCGAUCGAGUCCAUGGAAGACACACUCACCCCACACUCCGGAGUGGACCCCGCGUUUUAGACCUCCAUCACGAAAUCGCCAGAUCAUCGCUGAUCUCCUGGAGUCUGCUGAGAGAUUGAGAAAAAUUCGAUUCCGUUUAUGUUUAUAUUUUCGGAGCAAACUCGGAGACGCGCUCAUCUUUUGCCCGAGGCGCCGAGUUUCUCGGUUCUCCCCUCUCAUAGGGUCAUUCACGGUUGCGUCUCGCUUUCGUGGCAAUAUCCAGAUAUCGAAUUGUACCUUGUAAUGUGGACAUACGUCGACUGGCGAAGAAAUAAACUCAUGAGCCGCUCGUUGGUUUGAACGUUA